AUGAGCACACGCGUGUUUGUGCGGCUAUAUGAUGGCACAACGCAGUACGAAACUGACGACGAGGUUUUGGAGCUGCCGUUACCACCUCUCAAGUGGAAGGACGCAAUAACGGCUAUGGUGGCUGCUGUGGGUAAGCAGGAUGAGUAUGAAGAUGGCGUGACGAUACCCAAAGCACGUCUCUUUCUACUACCCACAGAGGCUGCAGGAAUUGCUGCUGAGCUAAACGCUCGUUCAUUGCGCUUUGGGGUCCGAGAAAAUGACCGCUUCGUGGUUUGUCUUCAAGGCGAGGACUACCAGCAAUCCAGUGAGAGACAAUUGUCUGCGGAAGCUAAAGUUGCUGCUGCUUUUGGUGGAUCAUCGAACACAGGUGACACAAAUAAUGUUGCACCGACUGGCAAAAUGGGGAUCCCUCCUAGAGGUGGUCUUAAAGGCGGUACCCUGUCUGGAAGCUUGACGACUAGUAGCAAGAAGGGAAGUAAACGCUACCGAAGCAUUUCCGGUAAGAUGGCUGCAAUUAAAUCGCUGAGCGAUAUGGGAGUUAUUUCGAAUAGCGACCGUGGUCACUUGAAGGAUUUGCUGUUGAAUAGUGAUUCGCCACGGCUACAGGAGGCAUUGGAUGAGUAUAACAACACUGGUAACUUCCAGGCUGUAAAGGAUCUGUUGCUGAACGAUAUUCAAAACCCGCCAUUGAAGCGUAAUACUACUGACUGGCUGUCGGAGAGCUUUGUUAACGAUAUCGCACUGAAUAUUAGUACUCCAUCUCAUGUUGCUAAGAUGGAGCCUGUAGUAGCGCGACAGACUAACAAUAUUGGUCGGUUCAAUCCAGUACUUCCUACUACAAUGACCUUGCCAGCAAAUACGUACAAGUAUCCGACGACCAGUCAGGCUACGCCAAUGAGUUUGGCAGGCUAUUUGGAGGCUUCUUCCGUUGCGAUAAAUCACUCUUCGACUUUUGAGAGUCUAGUUACCCCUGCAGACGGCAACUUAUCUACUAGCAACGGAUACACUGCUGGGAUAAUUGUGUCAAACGACAACCAGCCUAUGACUGUUAUACCCGAAAUGUACUGCCAACCACAAGCAUCAUCGACCAACAACAUGUACAGAUCUGCGCCUAAUAUUAAUCUACCUCUUCGGGAUCGCGCUACGUACAUGAAGCGGGGAUAUGAAUCAUCGCCGGCCAACAACUUGAAUAUGCUAAGCACGUCUCCGGCAGUUUCUCUUGCCAUGUCACCGCAAAUGGGCAUGAAUGGGUACAUGAUGCAACAAGGAUACUUAUCUAACCAAGGUUCAUACCCAGCAAACAUCAUUUAUGCUGGAGACCAGUAUUCCAUGAACCCGUACGUGGCAGGUGCCAACGGCUUGUACAACCAGUACCAGCAGCAGCCUCAGUAUGCAAUUAACCGUUACGGUUACGGCAGCAUGCAGCCUGAUGUGGGCUACAAUCUCUACGCUUCAGACUACGGCAGUGGAAAGGUUUCAUUCCACGCUAGUCCUGGAGGCAAGUGGACAGCUGCUCCGCCGAUGCCGUCGUACCCUCCGCCGUGCUCAAAGGAGGAGAAGAAGGAUAAGAUUGCUAAGUGGCUGAAAAAGCGUGAGAAUCGGAAUUGGUCCAACAAGCCGUCGUACCCCGUGCGGCACAGCAUUGCAAAAAACCGUAAGCGUGGCGAAGAUGGUCGAUUUAUUACGAAGGCGCGACUCGCUGAAAUGGCAGCGCAGGAGGCAUUGGCUGCCGCAGUAGUUAAGAAUAACAAUGAGUCCCCGAAAGUUUCCUUACCGUCGCCCACGUCUGAAGAAGCUUCCAUUUUGAUUGUGUCGCAAACUGGAAUACCGCAAGCGACUUUCGGGCCAUAA